UGCGACGAGCGGUCGCUGCUCGGGUUUCGGCGAUUUGCAGUCGUGGUGUUUUGUUAUUGGAGCAGCAGCAGCAAACAAGAUUAAAAAUAAACUAUCUUGAAAUGUUACUUCUUUGAAUGAAAAAAAUGCAAACAACGCAACUGAGCACGUCACAAACGCACAAAUGCAAGAAAAAAUGCAACAAAAAUUUUAAAAUAUUUUUGUCAGUCUACCAUCCAUAUAUUUAAAUGAGGCGCUGAUUUAAAAUUAAAAGCAGUGAAACUCAACUAAAGCAGACAACGCGAUAAAUUCAGAUAUACAAGUAAAACAACGCAUAACACGUUCAAAGUGAAGGUCAACGUCACAAUAAACAACAAAAACAAUAGCAACAAGGUGAUAAGUAACGGCAACUGUGGCUGCCAAAAACGAUAAACGAACAGCACCAGCUGCUUGGAAUUGGAGCUAGCACUCAAGUACAAGCUUUAGCUCCCAACUCCAGUUCCGACUCCAGUUCCAGCCAAACGAUAGGAUGAGCUCGACUACAUCGUCGAUCGUGGCACAGCGUUUGCUGCUGCCAUCUCUGCUCUCCCUGCUUCUGCUAAUUGUUACCGUAAUUAGCGAUGAUGCGAGCACGAUGCCCACUCAAAACAUGUCGCACAAGGAGCGCGCGGAACUGCGUGAGGAGUCACGCGAAAUGUUCUAUCAUGCAUAUCGUGCCUACAUGGAGAACGCAUAUCCUGCCGACGAGCUGAUGCCACUUUCUUGCAAGGGACGCUAUCGCGGCGUGACGGCUUCACGAGGCGACAUGGAUGACAUAUUGGGCAAUUUCUCUAUGACGUUGGUGGAUACGCUGGACACGUUGGUGCUGCUUGGUGACUUUGCAGAGUUUGAGCAUGCCGUUAAGCUGGUUAUACGGGAUGUGCAAUUUGAUAGCGAUAUCAUUGUCUCAGUCUUCGAGACGAAUAUUCGUAUGGUGGGUGGCUUGCUCUCAGCUCAUAUACUUGCUGAAUAUCUGCAAAAGCAGGCUGACGUGAUGCACUGGUAUAAAGGCGAAAUGCUUGAGAUGGCCCGUGAGCUGGGCUACCGUCUAUUGCCGGCAUUUAAUACAACGACAGGAAUACCGCAUGCACGCGUUAAUCUGCGAUUGGGCAUGAAGGAUCCUCAGCUGAAGAAGUCACGGGAAACGUGUACCGCCUGCGCGGGCACCAUUUUGCUGGAGUUUGCCGCAUUAUCGCGACUAACGGGUGAUCCCAUCUUUGAGGUGCGAGCGCAUGCUGCAAUGGAUGCGUUGUGGAAACUGCGACAUCGCGGCUCUGAUCUUAUGGGAACGGUUCUAAAUGUGCAUUCCGGCGAUUGGGUGCGUCGUGAUUCGGGCGUGGGUGCUGGUAUCGAUAGCUACUACGAAUAUUUGUUCAAAUCCUAUGUGCUACUCGGUGAUGACAAGUACCUGGCACGGUUUAAUCGCCAUUAUAACGCCGUGAUGAAGUAUGUUAGCGAGGGUCCUAUGCUGCUGGAUGUACUGAUGCAUCGGCCACAUGCGAAGUCACGGAACUUCAUGGACUCCCUGCUGGCGUUUUGGCCAGGACUGCAGGUGCUCUCCGGCGAUCUAAAGCCGGCGGUGCAAACCCACGAAAUGCUGUAUCAAGUAAUGCAGAUGCACACGCUCAUACCAGAAGCAUGGACAGUAGAUUUUCAAAUACACUGGGGCCAGCAUCAUCUGCGACCGGAGUUCAUUGAGUCCACGUAUUUCUUGUAUCGUGCCACUGGUGAUCAUCAUUACCUUCAAGUGGGUAAGCGGGCUUUGAAGACGCUGCAGAAGUAUGCGAAAGUCUCCUGUGGCUACGCAGCCGUUAACGAUGUGCGCACCGGCAAGCAUGAGGAUCGCAUGGAUUCAUUUGUGCUAUCCGAAACCUUUAAGUAUCUAUUUUUGCUGUUCUCUGACCCACAAGAUCUGAUCAUCAAUGUAGAUGAGUUUGUGUUCACCACCGAGGCGCAUCUGUUGCCACUGUCUAUAGCACAGCUAGGGAAUUCCACGUUUAGCUUUCGGCAAUCGGACGAACACAAUGUACUCGACUUCAUGCGCACCUGCCCCAGUUCCAAUAAGCUUUUUCCUGAGAAAGUACGCAAACCAUUGCGCAACUUCAUUACGGGCUCGUGCCCGCGCACCAUCAGUGGCAAGCGACUCAGCGCCCUGGAUUUUCAGGCAAGCAAUGCGGAUCAUCUUCGAGCUGUAUACGACAUGGGCAUCACCAUGGUUUCCGUAGGCGACCGCAGCCAAGGCAAGGUGCGGCUGUUUCAUAGUUUCUAUAAUGCCAAGAGUCAAGAAGAAGGCGAAAUGGGCUUGCAGUUUAUGCAGGAAAUGCUGGAGCUAACCAAAAUGCAGAGCAUGAACCAGCUGGCACAGCUGCAGGUGCGUAAGUCAAAUGAUAAGAAUUGUCCGAAGAAUUUCAUUGUGGCCGUUGCUUAUGCUGUGGAUGAGCAGUCGCAGGACUGGACCGCUUUGAUGGCCGGCCCAUCACACUUCAGUCCAGAGCUAAUCGGCGAACAGUUUGUCGAAGGUGAAAUUGUGUUGGCCAAUCCAUUGCGCGCCUGCGACGAGAAGUUGGAGAAUGCCAGCGAUAUAUCUGGCAAAAUUCUUGUCGCUGAACGGGGUGAUUGCACGUUCGUGAGCAAAGCGCGUUUGGCACAAAAAGUGGGCGCCACCGCGCUGAUCGUCUGUGAUAAUGUAUCAGGUUCUUCCGGCGAGACGCAACCCAUGUUUGCGAUGUCCGGCGAUGGUAAAGAUGAUGUCGCCAUACCCGUCGUGUUCAUGUAUAGCCUGGAGUUUACAAAGCUGUCGGCGGCGAUGCUGCGACGUCCGCAGUUGCGCGCCCGAAUCAUGCAAAUGGUGGAGUUCAAGCGUUGGCAACUGGCCAAAGAGGCUCAUCAGAAUGAAACAGCGGCAGCAGCAGCUGCUGCUGCAUUGGCUGCGGGGACGAUGCCAAAGAAAAAGCCAGAUAAGGAGUUGUAGUGAUUGCUCAAAAGUGCGUAUGGCCCCUCACUGUAACAUUUCGAUGUGGCGCCUUCUUAAGUUUUAAAGUGCUUUUCGCUAAACAUUUCACUAAUUAUACAAACAUAUAUAUAUAUAAGUUUAUAAAUAUUAACUUUCGUUCGCAGCAGCAGCCUGCGAAAUUUCUUGUACUUUACCAUAUAAGUAAGAACUAAAUUUAAAGCUCAAUAUUAAUCCGAUUGGGCUCAUUAGCUCACAACCUCGAUCUGUCGCCCAACUGUUAGCACGGUUUUUUAGCAUUUGAUUGAACAUCUUACCGAUAUAUGUUUCUUUAAAAAGCGUUGGCAUAACUCAGCUUCCUAGUUAGGCAACUGCCGGGCUGUUCUAUCUGAUAUGUAUGAUAUAUGGAUGUAUGCAUAUAUUUUUAAUUUGUAUAGAAUCGUACUUAUAGACCAUGAACAUUCACCAUUUUUAUAUG